AUGUCUGGAAAUAUUCCAAAUACUCAAACUGCCAUUCAACCCGGCUCACGCAUUUUGGUUACCGGAGCCAAUGGCUAUAUUGGAUCGCACGUCGUGGAUGUGUUGCUUUCUCUUGGAUAUCUCGUGCGAGGCACUGUCCGAUCCGAAAAGCCAUGGCUUAAUCAAUUCUUCGAAUCGAAAUAUGGUCCCGGCAAGUUCGAAACUGUGAUCGUUGCCGACCUCGGCGAUCAAGAAGCUUUAGUUGGGAUCCUGAAUGGCGUCAAUGGUGUCGCCCAUGUGGCCAGUGACGUAUCCAUGAGCCCUGAUCCUAACGAGGUGAUACCUAGAGUGAUCGGCUAUACAGAAGCUCUCUUGAAGGCCGCAGCUAAGGCAUCGGUCACGAGAUUUGUCUUAACUUCAUCGUCUACAGCGGUCCUUUCCUCACAACCUGGUGUGGAAGGUAUUGUUGUCACCGAAAAUACAUGGAAUGACGCCGCUGUUAAGGCGGCAUGGGACGAAAAUACGCCCGCCGAAUCCAAGCCGCUUAUUGUCUACUCUGCAUCCAAGACCGAGGGUGAGAGGGCCGCAUGGAGAUGGAUUAAACAAAACAAGCCGAAUUUUACACUCAACUCAGUAGCCCCGAAUCUUGUUCUUGGAAAAGUCCUCCACCCGAAUAUCGGCGGUUCAACUAUGGGAUGGAUCGCGGGAUUGUUGAAUGGCAAAACAGAUGUUCUGUCGUUUCUCCCAACCCAACAUUAUGUUAAUGUCGAAGACGUUGCACGUCUUCAUACAAUUGCGCUACUUGAUAAGAACGUUAAUUCAGAGCGUCUUUUCGCAUUUGCUGGGCCAUAUACCUGGACUGGCAUUAUCGACAUCUUAAAAAAACUCCGGCCAUCCAAUGGUCAGAUACCUAACCCACCGGCGAACGAUCUUCCGGAUUUGAGUAACAUUGUGCCGUCUAAGAAGGCGGAGGGUUUGUUAAAGUCGUUCUUCGCACAAUCCGGUUGGAUCGGCUUGGAAACAAGUUUGAAGGCUGGCAUAGAAAGUCUAGGUCUCUAAAGCACACAUGACCGCACAUGUGCUUCGUCCUAUUGAGUUUGAGUUGAUGUAUGAGUUUUGCGGGUGAGCAAUCCUCUAGCACCAUGUUCCAUGAAUAGCUAGCUAGUCCAGUAAGAAAGAUAGAUGCAAUACGCGCAUAUAUCCUCUUAUUUCAUUCC